CAAGCUGCCCGCAGACCUUCUACCGUCAGGAUUUAUGAAGCUACUUGGCGGUCCUUUGUCUCAUGGUGUUCAUCGGUUCCAGUUUUACCUACUUCAGCUUCAAUUAUCCACGUUUUGAUGUUCCUUCAAUCGGGGUUUCGCAAAGGACUUCGUCCCAAUACGUUACGACGCCAGGUGGCCGCCAUUGCUUCCGUCUUGUCCUGCGGUUCGAAGGAUCCUAUCUCUCGCCAUCCAGUCAUCACGACCUUCCUGCGGGGAGCUACCAAUUUACGGCCACCCACGGUGCAUAGGUUUCCAACGUGGAACUUGAAUAAGGUCCUUAAGGCGCUCAUGGCUCCUCCCUUUGAGCCUCUUCGUUCGGUCUCUCUACGUUUCCUUUCGUUGAAAGUGGCAUUCUUGGUGGCUAUCACUUCCUCCCGCAGAAUUUCGGAACUGGCAGCAUUAUCUGUCCGGGCGGACCUUUGUAUCUUCCAUACCAAUAGGGUGGUUCUCCGGCUUGACCCGGCCUUCGUGCCUAAAGUAAAUUCGACCUUUCACAGGGCACAGGAGCUCGUUCUCCCAGACUUCUGCCCUCGCCCUGCCCAUCGGCUGGAGAGGGCUUGGCAUUCGUUGGACGUCCGCCGGGCGCUGAAGAUUUAUAUUGCCCGUACGGCCGCGCACCGGAAGACGGAGGCUCUGUUUGUUGCCUUCCUCCCUUCCUCUCUCGGAGUGCGCGUAUCGAGUGUGACCUUGGGUCGUUGGAUCAGAGCCGCAAUUGCCGUGGCUUACCGACAGUCGGAUUCCCCUCUGCCGCAUCCCAUCACGGCUCAUUCUACGAGGAGCGCCUCAACAUCGGCAGCCUGGGCUACUCAGGCUUCCCUCGAGGAAGUUUGCCGAGCGGCCACAUGGACUACAAUCAGUCCCUUCAUCAGACAUUACAAGGUGGAUUCCUUUGCUUCCGCUGACGCUGCUUUCGGCAGGAGAGUUCUACAGUCGGUUCAUGUCUCUUGAGGACUACCGGACCACUUUCUUCCCUCCCUGGUGACAUCUGGCUUUGGAGGACACGGAGCACAACUCCAUCGCUUCGCCUCACCGAAGAACUGGGGCAGCCUCGAAGGGGGCGGAGCUUUGGCUUUGGAAGGUGCUCGGUCAUUGGCUAGACGGGACGUAUACCCAUCCUGACUGACGUUUUUCCUCAUGUCGAGAACGGACGUAUCAGGUAAGACCAACG